AUGUUGGCGUUGCCACUGGAGGACAGCACAUUGUCUGGCAACAGAUCGCCGAUGCUGUUGCUGCUGCCCUCGUUACAGGUGAUCGUGCUCUUUGUGUCUACAUUGUUGUUGUCGGCCUUGACGCCAUCGCUGCCGGCCAGCACCAUCUUUGACGUGGUUGUGGUGUUGGUGGCGGUGCUGGUGGCUGUUGUCGUCGUCAAUAUAUCACUGUCUGAGAAUGAGCCCAAAUCAAUUGGCGUCGUCGGAUUUGGUGUCGUAAGUCCUGAAUCCAUCUCUGAUGACUCGUUCGAUGUUCGUAUCUCUACGUUCACUGCUGUUGCUGUAUCCGUCAUCCAGAGAAUAUAUUAUAUUAUAUCAGUCUGA